AUGUAUUCAAUUAUUCCUAGAUUCAAGACUAAUCAUGAAACCACUUUUAAAAUAUUUCUUGGAACUUAUUGUAUCCUAUUAACUUUAUUUCUGGCUACAUGCUUGGAUGCAAAGUAUUAUUUGACGGGUGACUAUGCAAUUUUGAAUAUAAUAUUUAACAAAUCUUUAAUUAUGAAUAAGAGUAGCAGGUUCCUCAUAAAAGUUGUACAACACUGUGUUAGCACAUGCAAUAAUAACAUUGAUAUGAUGAAGGAAAGCAAAUGUGAAUGGUUAUGGAGCAUUUAUCAGCUGAAUGACAAAAAUUAGAAAAUUUAUUUUAAAAGAUCUCGGAGGAUAUUUAUACCAGCUCUGCAAAAAUUGUUUAUCAAGGACCAUUCAUUAUAAGGUUCGUAAACUAAAAGAACUGAUAUUUAUAGCUAUAUCUUGGAAUAAAUAAAAAUGACCCUAAAUAAUUUUUGAUCUUAUUUUUUUUUUUUUU